AAUUGCAUCCAGUCGAGAUAUCGCAUUAGCGAAAAAUGGCCGGAUUCAUCGCGUUCAUCGUUAUAAUUAAUUGCGUUUUCGGCGCCGCUUUCGAUUCGAACGUUUCGAAGAAAAGCGGUUUCGUUUUGUCGAUGCCCCGCGUAUUGGUAGCCGGAAGAAACCACUCUGUAUGUUUAUCACUGCACAAUAUUCAUAUCCCCGCGGAAAGUACCAUUUUACUGAAGAGAAAAGACCAACGGACGCUAAUCACCAAAUUUAUAGAUACCGAGCACGGUUGUUUCGAAAUAUUCGUGGGGAAAAUCGGGCAGCAGGAGGCCCGUUUAAUUAACGUAAAGGUGCAAGUUCAAUCUAAAGGUUCUUUGUAUUCGGCGCGCAAUCUGGAUCCUGUUCUGGUUUAUCCCAGCAAAUGGACAAAAACAUUCGUCGACACUGACAGGGCCGUUUACAAACCAGGAGAUAAAGUUAGAUUUAGGGUAUUGGUAGUCGAUGAGAAAUUCAUGCCUGUUAAUAUCAAGAUACCGAAAAUUUCCAUUAAAAAUCCCCUAGAUGUGGACGUUGUGGUGUGGGAAGAUGUGAUAUUGGAAAAUGGCCUGGCCAGUUUGGAGUACGAAAUGGUCAAUCAAUCUCUAUUGGGCAAAUGGAAGAUCGAGACACAGGGUGAAACGAGAUCCUUCGAACUAUCCAAAUACACUUUACCGAGAUUCAAAGUACAUUUGGAAGCCCCCAGACGGGUUUACUUUAAAUCAAAGCAUUUCGAAAUCGACGUGUGCGCUCGAUAUUCGCACGGGCGACCCGUCAAAGGAUCGGCUUUCGUGAAAAUAUCGAAUCUACGCGGAAAAACGCGGCCCUUCGACGAGCUGAAAGAAAUGGAAAACGGUUGCGGAAAAUUCACCGUACCAUCCGAACAUUUCCUUCUAACGAGCGAGGAAAGCGAAAUGCAGUUGAGAGUCACUGCGACUGUAACCGAAAAAGGUACAGACAUCAUCGAGGUGGUCUUCGGGAAAAUCGUGGUGGAUUUUCGACCGUAUAUCGUGAGAUUUUCCAACGAAGCACUCUUCCAACCAGGUCUUCCUUAUCGCGGGAAAUUAACGUUCGACAACGUCUACGCGGAUUUAUCCGGCGAAAUCGUCCGAAUUUGCUACAGCAUUGCAAUUAGGAAAAGUUGGAAUUACGUCGACGACGAGCAAUGCUCCGAUUUUCCUCUAUCGCAGCUCGACGAAUUGGAUUUUAGCGUGUUGCCGAUGACGCGGAACGUUAUUCACGUCAAUUUUUACGCCAAGUCGCUGAAUCGCUCGCUGGUCGAGGACACUUUCCUCGCCGUGAGAUUGUUCUCGCCCAGCAACAGCUACAUUCAAAUCCAAAGCGAAGAGAAGAAACCCGAAGAAUGCCGGCUGCAGAUGCAGUACAAAAUCACUUUCACCACCGAUCAUUUCGCCGAUAACGAAACCGUGACAUUCUACUACAUCAUAAAAAGCUCGACUAACGCGUCGAAGAUGAGGAAAAUCGAGCAUAGAGUGAAGAAAAUCGCGCCGGAUUACCGGAGGAUUCUGGGCAAUAUCGUCGGAGGGAAACACAAGCACACGAAGAGCGGCGUGCACGCCGACAGUUUCCUUUUGCGAUUCAAACUAGAGAGAAGGAUAACGUUCGAAUAUAAAUUUUUGAUAUAUUACAUCGACAAACACGGCGAAACCGUCGCUGCUAGUAAAGUGAUCAAAGUACAACCCUGCUUGAUGAAGGUAGGGGCGAAUUGGAGUCAAAGGCAAUUAGUGCCCGGUUCUACGGCGUAUUUGAAUAUCGCCACCACUUCGCAGUCGCUUUGUUCGGUUUCGGCCGUGGAUAAAUCCUCCGCGUUUCUGGCUUCGAACCGGCGAAUUGUGACCGAUCUGGAGGCGCUGAUGAAAUCCUUUUCGCCCGAAGAAAGGGAUCGAGUAAACUCCACCAGGAAGAUGUGCUUGGAAAGGGAUCGGAGGCACGGGAAUUCUUUCAGGGAGUGGAGUUCCAAAAGGCACGUGUACGGUUUCGCUGAGGAUUACGACGCACUCGACGUGUUUAACACUUUCAGGAGCGUCAUCGUCACCAAUUUGCGCGUCGUCUCCAAAUCCUGCUAUCAAGGACCGAUAUUGAGCAACACCGACAGAGUUCAGUUGUUGACGCAGCAAUACGACACCAACGAGGAACAAGUCACCUCCAUCAGGUCCCAAUUCGAGGAGACUUGGCUGUGGGAACUCAUCCCAGUCAGAGGAUCUAUACAAUUGAAAAGGCAUCUACCUCACGGGAUAACCUCGUAUAAGACAAAUGUCCUGUGCGUGUCUGAUACAGAGGGAGUGGGAAUCGCCGACGAGACGGACAUCACCAGUUUCCAAAACGUUUUCGUAGAAGUACUAGCCCCUUUCUCUGUUAGAAGAGGAGAAAUCUUCCAUCUGUAUGUACACGUUUCGAAUUACCAGCAUCCCAUACCGAUCCGGUUGAACGUGGGAUUUUCGGCCGGUCUGGAAUCGGUAGACGUGGAAUCGGAAAGGAGCGUUUCGUAUUGCGUGGGAUCCAACGAUACAAUAACCCACAAGUUUAAAUUGAAAGCCUUGGGUUUGGGGUUGGUGAAUGUCAGCGUUUUGGUCGAAACCGAUAACCAAUAUCCCAUGUUUUGCGGCCCGGCGACCAUUUUGUUCAAGAGAGAUUCCGAAGUCAAGUCUAUACUGGUGGAGCCCGAAGGAUUCGAUUUGAGCAAAACCAGAGCAGCGUUGUUGUGCGCAUCAAAUUCCUUAAUCGAUGAUAAAGUGUUUUGGAACGUUUCGAUACCCGACGAAAUCGUACCGGGUACUUACAAAGCCGAAGUGAAUUUGAACGGGGAUAUCCUAGGCAAAACCGUCGAGAAUUUAGAUGAAUUACUGGACGUACCGACGGGUUGCGGCGAGCAAAUAAUGUCCACAAUGGCGCCAAAUUUAUUCAUCAUGCGCUAUUUGAACUCCACCGAUACCUUAACGAAACCCGUUAAACAAAAAAUACUGCGCAAUCUCAAACUAGGCUACCAAAGGAUCCUCAAUUACCUGCACAAGGACGGUUCCUUCUCUGCCUUCGGUUACCACGACCCCAUGGGCUCCACCUUCCUCACCACUUUCGUCGUCAAAAUCCUAACAGAAGCCAAACAAUUCAUCUACAUCGACCACCAUCUCAUCCAAAAAGCCCUAACAUGGAUCUACGAAAGGCAAUUAGAGAACGGCUGUUUCCACUCGAUGCUGCACGUUUUCCAGGACAUGGGAGGCGCCAGUAGUGAAAACAGCACAGCAGGUUUAACCUCCUAUGUUAUCCUGAGUCUCCUCCAAGCCGGUAUAGAAGUACCCCAACGGGUUAAAACCAACGCGAUUUACUGCAUCAGAAGCCAAGUGGAUCCCGAUAAAUACAGUUUAGCUAUAAAUUCCUACGCUUUGCUGUUGAUGGGAGCUGAAGAGGACGGUAAUAAAUCCUUGCAGAGGCUCCUCGCUUCGGCCGAAAGGCAUAGGAACAUGAUGUGGUGGACGAGCAAAGGCGAGGCGUCAGACGUGGAAGUAACCAGUUAUGGGUUAAUGGCGCUCCUGCAAAGGAACUCUUCGAAACAUUGGGCUGAUGCAUUGGGAGUUGUGCGAUGGUUAUCGACUAAAUACGGUGCUAAAGGGAGCUUUGUUAGUUCGCAGGAUACUGCGGUGGCUUUGGAGGCGCUUUCGAAGUAUUCGGGGGUGUUGAAAUCGAACGAAUUGAAUAUGUUAAUCCGCGUCGAAACUCCGCAUAACGAAUACAAUUUAACACUAACCGAUGAAGACGGGUUGAAAUCGCGCAGGAUUGCGUUGAGGGCGUCGAAUGGGAGCGUCGCGAUCGGCGUCGUCGGCGUCGGAUGCGUCCUCGUCCAGAUAACGCAAAGGUACAAUUUGAUGGGGAUAGCGAAGAGCGAGGCGUUCGAAUUCGCCAUGGAAGUGGCGCCUCUAUCGACGAUUAAUCGAUGUUCGAUUAGCAGUUUGUCGUCUUGUUUGGCUUACAAAGCGCCAGAUGGACCUUCCAAUAUGGCGGUUAUGGAGGUUUUUUUGCCCACCGGGUACCAAGCUGACAGGUCUUCUUUGUACAAAUUGGUGCAAAUCAGAAACACAUCAAAGGUUGAAAUGUUCGAGGAAGGCAACGACAAGGUGAAUUUCUAUUUGACGAAAUUGGACGAGCGAUUGGUGUGUUUUUCGUUCAACAUUUUCGAAAGGUAUUUGGUGGAAGGGAGGAAGGAGGCUCUGAUUAAAUUGUACAAUUAUUACAAUCCCGAGUACGAGAUUCGGCAAUAUUACAACGUCAGCAGCGACUGUAGCGCGAACAAAAGUCGAUCCGAAGUGCCCGAAAUAAUCGGUAAAGAAACGAAUUCUAAUAGGAGCGAGUUGGUACAAGAUUUAGAUGUGACGGCGAUCGAUGUGCAAUUAUAAGCGUAUUAAUAAAUUUAAUAAAAGUUUAUUUCAUUUUUGUAAUAUAUUUAAAAUCCGGAAUUUCCACAAGUAGCGACAUCUAGAUGUUUACCCGUCAAUUGCUAAUGUCACUUUUGAAGAAAACUACUCCAUUAGUAGUACAAAUUAUAUCGCAAACCGAUAGAUGGCGGCACUUGCAAAAAAAUUAUGGGUUUACAGGGGUCCCAUAAAACUGCUUUUAACGAUGUACAAACUUUAUUGUUGUAUCCACAAGAAAAACACGUAAUUAUUAUUGGAAUAAACAAGAAAAAUCAUGAGUUGAGCAUUGAGCGGUUCUUUUUUGGCUCUGGUUGACAGAUGACAGUUGACUUCGGAUCUUCUUUUUUCUAACAUUCAGUACGAACUGUCAACAGCUGUUUUCGGCGACUCACACGCCCUCUCGGGGCUAGCGGCAGAGUCGUUACCGGAUCAGGUGGAGCAGGAACCGCCACAUCCACUCCCCCUCCAGUGACUUGCGAGGGAGCUUGCGAAGAAGACGGCGAAGGAGGCUGCGAAGAAGACGGCGAAGGAGGUUGCGAAGGAGUAAGGAACGAAACCUUCUUGGCACGGGCGUAUGUUCUCGUUGGCCUGUCGAUAUCCGUGGUGGGGUUGAUCUGCGGAGUGAUUUGCUCGUCUGAUCGGUUGGAGUUGUCAUCAGUCUUGGUAAUGUAGGCGGGCUUCAGUAGACUGGUAGAAAUUGCUUUAUCCUCCCCCUUAAUGCGGAUGAUAAAUACUUUGUCGUUUAGACGCUUGAUGAUCUCAUGCGGGCCUGAAUAGGGGUGUUCAAGAGGCUUUCUAACAGCCUCGAUUUUUCUGAAGACGUGGCUGCAGGUAUUCAGGUCCUUUAGAAUGAACAGUCUGGACUUCGUGUGGUGGGCUGUCGGGGUGGGUCUUAAGGUUCGAAUGUGUUCUCGAAAUUUUUCUAAAAAGAACUGUGGGUCCGCUUCGGUUUCCUCCGAAAUAAAAAAUUCGCCCGGUAUACGUAAUGGGGCACCGAAUAGCAUCUCCGCUGGAGAAGCCUUGAGGUCUUCUUUAUAAGCUGUACGCAGUCCCAGGAGAGCGGUUGGCAGAAGGUCUGGCCACGGCGUUUGAGAAUUACACAUUAGAGCAGCUUUUAGCGCACGGUGCCAGCGUUCAAUUAAGCCAUUUGCUUGCGGAUGAUAAGGCGACGUAUGAAUUCUGUUUGCUCCAAUUAACUUGGCAAGGGCCCUGAAAAGUGCGGAUUCAAAUUGGGUCCCUUGAUCUGUGGUGAUUGUGAGCGGAGUUCCAUAUUGACAAACCCAUUGGUUGUAAAAGGCUGAAGCUACAGUGUCGGCGGAUAUGUUAGCGAGAGGAACAGCAGCAGGCCAUCUACUGAAACGAUCUAUCAUGGUUAAACAGUAACGUAGGCCUCCGACGGUCGGUAGUUCGAUCAAGUCAAGAUGAACAUGAUCGAAGCGAUUAUCUGGUACGUCGAUGUGCAUUGGGAUAGUGCGGUUAUGGCGAUGUACUUUCGAACGUUGGCAGGCUAUGCAUUGCCUAGCCCAGAGAAGAGUGUCCUUUUUAAUUCCUGGCCAGACGUACCUCUCUCUGAUUUGUUUGACCGUAGAUCUGCCACUUGGGUGAGAUGAAUCGUGAACGGUUUUAAAGGCUUCCUGCCUGAGGUUGGACGGAAUAAAUGGACGAAUGCGGCCACUGGAAACGUCGCACAGUAUAGUGUGACCAUCAAUUGUCAGUUUCUGUAAGGUAAGCGACGUGUUUUCCAGCAGAUCGGCUAACUGGUCAUCGUUCCGUUGAGCGUUGGCUAUUGUUUCGGCAUCUAGCUUUGUGGGCAUAUUUAUUACAUUAAUUCGAGAAAGCGCGUCGGCUACUACAUUUUCUUCUCCCUUAGUGUAAAUAAUUUCAGUCGUGAAUUGCGAAAUGUAGUCUAAUUGUCUGAGCUGUCGCGGGGAGGCUUUAUCAGCGCGUUGUAAAAAUGCGUAGGUCAGCGGUUUGUGGUCCGUUUGAAUGACAAAAGACCUACCUUCAAGUAUAUAGCGGAAGAAUUUGAUGGAGGCAAAUAUUGCCAGCAACUCCCUGUCAUAGGUGCUAUAGCGAGUUUCUGUCUGGCUAAGUUUUCUCGAAAAGAAGGCUAUUGGUAACCACUCUCCGUCCUGAAGUUGUUCAACGGCUGCACCAAUUGCCGUGUCAGACGCAUCCGUCUUAAGCAUCAAAGGCGAGUUUGGUGCCAAAAAUGGAAUUCUUACGGCCUCUAUGAUGCCACGCUUGCAAGCCUCUAGAGCUUCCUCGGCCUCUCCUGUCCAAGGGAUCGGGCGUUUGUCUUUCUUUUUGGCGUCACUCAAAAAAUUGGUUAGCGGGGCCUGGAGUUUCGCAGCCCCCUUGAUAGACUUGCGAUAAUAGUUCAUCAGUCCAAGGAAACGGCGUAGGUCAUUGACGGUCGCAGGUUUUGGGAAAUCAACAAUGGCCCGGAUUCUCUCCUCCGGUGGGCGGAAACCGUCUUUGCUCACCGUAUGACCCAGGUAUGCCACCUCUGUCCUGCCAAAUUGGCAUUUUGACGGGUUGAUGGUCAGUCUGUUUGCUCGUAGAAUAGAAAAAACGAUAGAAAGGUGUUUGAGAUGAUCCUCAUGCGAAACGGAAUGCACUAUCAAGUCAUCAAUAUAGCAACCCACGAAAUCCAAACCCCUAAAAAGGUUAUCCAUAUGCCUCUGAAAGGUUUGUGUGGCGUUACGGAGACCCAUCGGCAUCCCCAGGAAUUCAAAAAGUCCAAAUGGGGUUGUUACGGCGGUUUUCGGUACGUCGUCUGGGUUCACAGGUAUUUGAUAGUAAGCCCGCACCAAAUCAAUAGUGGAGAAGAUCUUGGAGCCAUGGAGUCGCUGAAGAAUAUCCUCGCAGUGUGGAACUGGGUAGCGGUCUGGAACAGUAAGUGAGUUUAAGCUUCUAUAAUCCCCGGUGGUACGCCAGCCGCCAAGUUUCUUUGGUACCAUAUGAAUCGGGCUGGCCCACUGGCUACUGGAGGGACGGAUAAUUCCAUGGAGUAGUAACAUGUCGAGGUCUUCUCUCGCUAUUUUUAGUUUGUCGCCAGUUAGCCUGCGGAAUCUUUCAAAAACUGGUGGUCCUUUUGUGAUGAUAUGAUGAGCCACAGAGCUAUCUGCGCAGGUGGUGGGUGCAGCGUUAGGUCUAGUUAUAUCGAUGUAGUCGUUCAGUAAAUCUGUGUAAGGUUUGUAUUCCACAGAAGAGGAAUUAAUUUGGUCGAUUGUCGAAACACUAUGUACUGCUGCCUGGAAAAUUUGGCCCUUUGUGGUGAAAGAGGUGAUCGGGUCUAUGAGUCGACCACCCUUCAAGUCCAAGAGUAAGGCAUGAUAAGUGAGGAAAUCCGCACCAAUGAUGGCAGAUUGCACGUCAGCGAUAAUGAAGGACCAUUUGAAUGCCCGUCGUAAACCGAAGUCAAGAGUUAAUGUUUUUUGACCGUAAGUAUGAAUCGUUGUACCAUUUGCAGCGUACAGAAGAACGUCAUCCUGCUUUAGCCUUGUAUUAAAAGAUGAUUUUGGAACCAAUGAUAUCACCGACCCAGAAUCAAUAAGAAAUCUCAUAUUCGUUUUUUUAUCGUGGAGGUGAAGACGGUGUUCCUGUUUCAGGAUGUUGUUAUUGCUGUCGCCAACCGCCUGAAUUGACGACAGCUUUUUUAGUUUUCCGGCUGAGGUUGCGGUACGAAGGAGCACGGUUGUGUACACAUGUUGGCUCUCUCCUUGAAUCUGCGGUGAUAAUAGCAUAUACGACUGGGAGCUGGUGAUGCAGGUCUGGAGCUUGCACGGCUGUAACUGCGGCCUCUUUGAUUCCGAAAGUCAGCACGUUCUUUGGUUAGCGAAAUGAGCUCCGAUAAUGAGAGUUUAAUCGCCGCCAUGUCCUGAGCUAGAUUGUUCAAAAUUGAAGUUGUAAAUCCAUUGCUGGGUGAAUAUGAUCGAUUAUCGGCCCUGCUGGUAGACAUUACAUAAGAACCUGAUUGAGUUUCCAAUAGCUCAUCUGCGAAUCUGGCUUGCUCGUCCAGCGUUGUCGAACGAAGGAUUUUUAAAAGUUUUUGAGUGCUUGGGGGAAGCAAUGCCAACCAACGCACGCGUAGUACGUCUUCAGUUGCUCGGUCACCCGCCAAGGCUGUCAUUUGUCGAAGAAGCUGGCUCGGUUUCUUAUCUCCGAGUUGCAAUUCUGUUAAAGCUUUAUGCAGCUGUCGAUCAGCUGAAUCGGUGAAUCUGUUGAUGAUUUCAGAUUUUAAAUGAUCGUAUUUGUUCGUCCUGGGAGGAUUCCUUAAAACAUCCGAUACCUCUAUCAUCGUCUCAGCAUCUAACGCCGUGAUAAGCUGAUUAUAUUUAGCACCGUCCGAAAUGAUUUUGUUGCAUUGAAAUUGUGCUUCAAUUUGUAUAAACCACAUGUUAGGAUGAUUCUUCCAAAAAGGAGGCAGUCUGCAGGUAGCUACAGCGUCGACAUUCAUAGAAGGUACGUACGAACUCAAAAGUAGUGGUUCGCCUAUUAAGCUUUGAUUGUGACCUUGUGCUUGCUCUCCCGGGUUUGUGUUUGAGGCAGGAAGAAACGGGCAGUCAUCCUCCGGAACAGGAUCUGCUUGUUGUUCGCGAGACAUAAUUAUUGUUUCACUCGAAUCUGUAAAUUUGCGUAUAAGUUUAGUUGUUCGAGACAAAAAUAAAAAAAGGUAUAUAAGUUCUUGUUUGCAGUACGAAGCGGCUGGAGUGGGCCAAUUGACCGGCACACGAUGCACACUAUUGCACGAAAUUGUUAUAGUUUUGUAUUGUUUGUAGCACGUGGCACGUCACAGGUCAACACGUAUUUUAGAGUUUCUAAGUUCUUUCGGGGUCACCAAUUAUGGGUUUACAGGGGUCCCAUAAAACUGCUUUUAACGAUGUACAAACUUUAUUGUUGUAUCCACAAGAAAAACACGUAAUUAUUAUUGGAAUAAACAAGAAAAAUCAUGAGUUGAGCAUUGAGCGGUUCUUUUUUGGCUCUGGUUGACAGAUGACAGUUGACUUCGGAUCUUCUUUUUUCUAACAUUCAGUACGAACUGUCAACAGCUGUUUUCGGCGACUCACACGCCCUCUCGGGGCUAGCGGCAGAGUCGUUACCGGAUCAGGUGGAGCAGGAACCGCC